UUUCAUUGGCAUGAUCCCUAGUUCCAUUGGCAAACUUGGCAAUCUCCACGGGCUGAAUCUUGAGUUAAAUAAACUUAAAGCUCGUAACAGUCAAGACUGGGAGUUUAUUUACAGCUUAGGCAACUGUAGUAAGCUACAAGGAUUAUCAGUAUUUGACAAUCAGCUAGAAGGCCACGUACCAACUUCAUUAGGUAACCUUUCUGUUGAACUGCAGAUAUUAUUACUGGGGAAUAAUCAAUUAUCAGGUGGUUUUCCUUCUGGCAUCGCAAACCUUCGCAACCUGAUGUGGUUAGGACUAGGUGGGAAUCAAUUUACAGGCAAGGUUCCAGAAUGGCUUGGAACUCUAAACAGUUUACAAGUGAUGAAUUUAGGUAACAACAACUUCACAGGGUUUAUUCCAUCAUCCCUUUCGAACUUGUCUCAGCUAUUAUAUCUCUAUCUUGAAUCCAACAAGUUCGAAGGGCAUUUACCUGCAAGCAUAGGAAAUCUUCAAAAUCUUCAACUAUGUAACUUUUCAAAUAACCUUCUUCAUGGUGGUAUUCCCAAAGAGAUGUUUGGAAUUCCAGCAAUCCUUCAUAUUGAUUUAUCUGUAAACCACCUGCAUGGGCAACUCCCUUAUGAAGUAGGCUAUGCCAAGGAGCUCAUAUAUUUGAAUCUUUCAUCAAAUAUGCUGUUUGGAGACAUUCCAACCAAUAUAGGUAAUUGUGAAAACUUGCAGUACAUUGGGUUGCAACAGAAUAGUUUCGGAGGAAGCAUACCCGUUUCACUAGGCAACAUAAGGGGUCUAGAAGUUCUGGACUUGUCUCACAAUAAUUUGACCGGGUCAAUACCGAUGUCCCUCACAAACCUCCAAUACCUUGAGCAACUAGAUUUGUCAUUCAACAACAUCAGCGGUCAGGUCCCAUUGAAAGGGAUAUUCAGUAAUGUGACUGCUGUGAGGAUUGAUGGAAAUCCAGGGCUUUGUGGUGGGCCAUUGGAGCUACACCUACUCGCAUGCCAUGUCAUGCCUGCUAAUUCAAGUAAGCAGAGGCAUUCCAUUGUACAAAAAGUAGUGAUCCCAUUAUCUUGCAUUUUGUCCCUUGCUAUAGUCAUAACUGUAAUGGUUGUCUGGAGAGGAAAACAAAAGACAAAUCUGUUAUCUUUGCCCUCAUUCAGUAGCAAAUUUCCCAAAGUUUCAUACAACGAUCUCGCUGGAGCAACAUGCGGGUUCUCAUCAUGCAAUUUGAUUGGCAAAGGAAGAUAUUCUUCCAUGUAUAAAGGAGAACUCUUCCAAGACAAAACCAUGGUUGCUGUCAAAGUUUUUCGCCUAGAGACAUGGGGGGCACAAAAGAGCUUCAUUGCAGAAUGUAAUGCUCUACGAAAGGUGCGGCACCGAAAUCUAGUUCCUAUACUCACUGCAUGCUCUAGUAUUGAUUCCAAUGGAAAUGAUUUCAAAGCCUUAGUCUAUGAGUUCAUGACACAAGAGUGUGCUGCAGGCGGAGCUGUUUCAAGUGCUGGGGAUGUAUACAGCUUCGGGAUUGUUCUACUUGAAAUAUUUUUGCGAAGGAGGCCAACUGAUGAUAUGUUCAAUGGUGAGAUGAACAUUACAAAAUUUGUUGAGAUGAACUUUCCUGACAGGAUACCACAGAUAAUAGAUCCUGAACUACUAGUAGAGCAACAACAUUUAUGUCCAGAAACUUCAGUGGCCAUGAAGGAGAAAAGCUUGGAGUGUUUGCUUUCAGUCCUAAACAUUGGGCUUCUCUGCACCAAGCCGUCCCCGAAUGAGCGCAUCUGCAUGCAGGAAGUCACUGCAAGGUUGCACGGAAUCAAGAAAGCAUAUAUAUCAUAG